CUGCUGAACAUCCUAUGGCCUUGGAAGCCCGGCCGACCUCAAUCACCCUCUGGUUCAAGAAAGGGGAGCUGGCCAUGGAGAACCAGUCUUGGGACUUCUUUGGAACACUGGCGGGCAAUGCGAGCACCAACCAGACUUUCCUGGACAACAUGCCCCGUUUGCCCCUGGAGAUGCAAGUGGUCACCAUCUUGCUGGUGCUGCUGAUCUGUGGAGUGGGCAUUGCAGGCAACGUCAUGGUCGUGCUGGUGGUUCUUCGCACCAAGCACAUGGUGACGCCCACCAACUGCUACCUGGUCAGCCUGGCCGUGGCCGACCUGAUUGUGCUGCUGGCGGCGGGGCUGCCCAACAUCUCCGAAGUGGUAGCCUCUUGGGUGUAUGGCUAUGCAGGGUGCCUGUGCAUCACCUACCUGCAGUAUCUGGGGAUCAACAUCUCCGCCUGCUCCAUCACCGCCUUCACAGUGGAGCGCUACAUUGCUAUCUGCCACUCCAUCAAAGCGCAGAUGCUCUGCACCGUGGCCCGGGCCAAGCGCAUCAUUGCCUGUGUGUGGUUCUUCACCUCCCUCUACUGUCUCAUGUGGUUCUUCCUCGUGGACACCUCACAAGUCAUUUUUGCUGAUGGAGCACAAGUCAGCUGCGGCUACCGUGUCUCCAGGAACCUCUACAUGCCUAUCUACUUCUUGGACUUCACCAUCUUUUACGUCAUCCCCCUGGGCUUGGCCACCGUCCUCUAUGGCCUGAUUGCCCGCAUCCUGUUCAUGAAUCCACUGCCCUCCACUCCGCAGCACACCAGCAGGCUGAGCAAACAUGGCGGCUCCAUCAGCACCUCCAGCUCUAUGAAGCUCUCAUGCCGAGGGAACAAGGGUGCUUUGAGCUCCAGGAAACAGGUGACCAAGAUGUUGGCUGUGGUGGUGAUCCUCUUUGCUCUUCUGUGGAUGCCAUACCGUACCUUGGUGGUGGUCAACUCCUUCAUGGAUCCUCCUUACCUGAACAGCUGGUUCCUCCUCUUCUGUAGGCUCUGCAUCUACCUGAACAGUGCUAUCAACCCCAUAAUUUAUAAUGUGAUGUCUCAAAAGUUUAGAGCUGCCUUCAAAAAGCUAUGCAAAUGUGAGCAGAAAAGAACUGAAUCCACAACCCAAUACAAUGCUCCAGUCUUUUAUAGCACCAUGAAGGACUAUUCCCAUGACAGCUCGGACCAUGAUUUUACGGAACAAGAAGAUCUUAAUGGUUACCCUCCAAUGGCAAGGAAAACGAAAUGUUCUAAAUAACAUGUAACACAAUAUUGACUUGGGUGGAAACCAGUUACUGAAGUAGUUUUUAGAAAUGUAAGAACAGCAUGUCACAAGGCCUAACAU